CUGGAUUUCAAUAUUCAACCAUCCUCCCAUCAGCGUUGGCAUUCAUCAUCAUCAUUUAUCUGUUGCAUGGCAACCACUGCACAUUCCACAGAACCUCCCAAAUCCAACGCAUGCAUGCAUGCAGGCAUACCGUGACCAAGAUCCUGAUCGCUCCCAGGGAAAUCCCCCAUGUAUUUAUUGUGCAGUGUGGGGAUCGCCUUCCUGUCACUGAGUCCCUUUCUUGGCCGCGAGGAUCCACGAUCGACUCGUCACACUUUCUCCUCACACUUUUCUCCUCGCUCCCCUCACGUCUCAUCCUUUGCCAUCCUAGAGCCGCCCGCCGUCGCUUCUCUUUGUUCCUCCCGUCUCCGACUGCCCCGAACUCCCCCUCUCGCCGUUUCCCGCUAGACGCUUGGACGCUGUGGGCCUCGUUUCGUCACCAAUCGUCGUUCCAGGCGCCUUUUCUCUCCUCCCAGCUGAGACAUUGCUUUUUCUCCUUGCUCUAUCGGUCGACUCACGUCGCGAUCCUUCUAAACCACCUGCGUCCUGUGGAUACGAUCCUGCGACCUACUGCAGUCUAACUGGCAUCGCGCGUCUUGUCAGUUAUGCGCAUUAGCUAGGCUACUUGCCCGCACUCACCAUGGACCGACAUC